AUGGAGCGUCGUCAGCUGAAACUGGACCAGCCGCAUACAAAAGACAGGUUCAAAGGAUGUGUUGCCGUGGUAACAGGAGGAGCCUCUGGUAUCGGUAAAGAGUGCGUCAAACGCUUCAUUAAUGACGGUGCGUCCGUGGCCUUUCUAGAUACCAAUCAAGAAGCGGGCCAACUGCUUGAGACGGAGCUGAAAGCGGCCGGACAUGACGCCAUGUUUUACCAUAUCGACGUCUCGGACAGGGACGCGUGUUUCGCGGCCGCAAAAGACAUAGCAGGCAAGCAUGGCGGCUGCAUCCACGCUGUGGUAAACUGCGCUGCAAGUUUCCUGUUUAUAGCUUUAGACGCGUCCAUGUCCGACUGGGAGACGAUAAUGGGCGUGAACGUGGCGGGCUCUUCAAAUGUGGUACAGGCAUGUUGUCCUUUUAUGAAGAACGGGGGACCAGAAACUCGCGCCGUAGUAAAUAUUGCCAGUGUAUCUGCCCAUUGCAGUCAAAAGCAGCACUGGACGUACAACAGUAGCAAAGGGGCGAUCUUGCAACUGACGAAAUGCAUGGCGCUUGACCUUAUCAAAGACGGAAUACGGGUCAACUCUGUUUCUCCUGGAAUAAUUAAUACCCCUGCACUUGACGCUAUCGUUGGAGGUGACGAAAUACAGAGAGCGUGGUACGGUAGCGCCCACAUGAUGAACCGAAACGGUGAAUGUUCGGAAAUUGCCGCCGCCAUUGUCUUCCUCUGCAGCAGAGACGCUUCCUUUAUCACUGGCGCUGAUCUCUCGGUAGAUGGCGGUUACACAGCGAUGGGACCUGAACGACACGGCCAAGACGGCCCUAAUUUUACCGCAGCCAUACCGGAAUAA